UUUAGCUUCUGGGAGAGAUUUUUAAUUUUUGUUUACAAAUUUCAAUAAAUAAAUUGUUUAUUUAUUUUUUUUAAAUAAAUCAAUUUAAAUGGCAGACCCCAAAUUACUACCAUGUAGAAUUUGUAAUUUAUACUUUGCCCCUUCUAAGUUAUUAGAUAUAAGUGCAAUUGAACAACAAAUAAGGCUUCUAAUUGGCAUUGAUCUAAUAAAAGGAGCUGAUAUACCAACGUCUAUUUGUAACCAAUGUAAUGUAGACUUUGAAACUGCCCGAGAUUUUAGACGAAGGUGCAUUGAAUCAAAUGAGUAUUAUGAAACAAAAUGUGACAACGAUCUUCUGAGAUGUGAUGUGAUUCCUAAGAUAGAACACAUCCCACUUUCACCAGCGCCAGUAUCAGACAGUUCACUUUUCAAAGAAUACGAAGAAGACGAUGACCAUCAACAGCACGACGAUUCUGGAAAUGAUCAUGACCCAGAUUAUACUUUGCAACAGGAUAACGAUGAGGAUAAUGAGGAAAACAAUGAAGAUGAGGAUAUAUCAAGCAAAAGUUCGACGAAGCACAAAAAAUCUGAAAACAAGUCGGUUAAGCGUGUUAAGAAAAAACAAUCAAAACCAAGAGACUUGAUGAAUCGCAAACAGAAAGAACAUCAUGCUCUUGUUUGUGAUAUUUGUGGCAAUGUAUUCAAGGCUAGACACAUCUUUGCGUUGCACAAACGAAGACAUAGCAAUGAUAAACCUUAUGUCUGCGAAUUGUGUCCGAGUAAAUUCUUUACAAAUUCUGAGUUGAAACGUCACAUGAGAAGGCAUACUGGCGAAAAACCAUACGAGUGCCAAUAUUGUCAUAGGAAGUUUUCUGAUUAUGGAACUCAUGUUAAACACGAAAGAACCCACACCAAUGACCGUCCGUUUUCUUGUCAACAUUGCGGCAAAGCUUUUUCAUGUGGUUUCGUUUUAAAAAAUCACAUGUUAACUCAUACAGGCGAACGUAAUUACAAAUGUACGGUAUGCAAUAAAUCGUUUGGUCGUCAACAUAACCUAACAACUCACGAAAAAUCAAUUUACCAUCAAAAUAAUCUUCUUAAAAAAGAAAAUUGCGAUAAGUUAGAUUCAUAAUUUUAUAAGUAUAGUUUAGUGUAAUCAUGUAAAGUUUUAAUUUUAAAAAUAAAUAAAUAAAUUUAAA